CGUGCUUCCUGCAGGUUUGAAAAGGCAACAUCAAACCUCGACCUCCCGAAGCCUGUGAGACGGAAAAAGAAGACGCCGCCGAGAUGUUCAGCACCAAAAGACUGAAGAAGAAGUCCCAGUCCGUGGAUAUCGCCAGUCAAGGUUUCUCGCCGACUCUGGUGCCAGCCUCGCCCCUCAACAAGGCUGCGCCACCUGUUGCCAAGACAACCUCCGUCCUCGCUGUGCAGGAGAACAACACCACCAACUCCCAGCGUCGCAGCCCCAGAUGUGGCGAGCUGAAGAGGGGUUACACCAUAGAUACCGGCCAGAAGAAGACUCCAGAAAAGAAGGAUGGAAGGCGCAUGUCGUUCCAGAGACCUAAAGGGACCAUUGAAUAUUCUGUGGAAUCGCGGGACACGUUGAACAGCAUUGCGCUCAAGUUUGACACCACACCCAACGAGCUGGUUCAGCUGAACAAGCUGUUCUCCAGAGCAGUGGUGCCUGGCCAGGUUCUGUACGUUCCUGAUCCCGAGUACGUCUCCAGCGUCGGAAGCUCCCCCUCCCUCAGUCCCAUCAGCCCCCUGUCUCCCACCUCCUCAGAAGCCGAUUUAGAGAAGGUGACGGACUCCGAUGGCCCCCCCAGACCAGAAGGCGUUCACCCCCCUGUCUUCUCCAACCUGCGGCAGUCCAGAGUGGUGUCAUCCACCUCCGAGGAGGAAGAGGCCCUCACGGAGAAGUUCCUCAAGAUCAACUGCAAGUACAUCACCGAUGGCAAGGGCGCGGUGAGCGGAGUGUUGCUGGUGACGCCCAACAACAUCAUGUUCGACCCCCACCGCAUGGACCCCCUGGUCCAGGCCCACGGGUGCGAGGAGUACGGCAUCAUGUGUCCCCUGGAGGAGGUGCAGUCCGCCGCCAUCUACAAGGAGAUCACCGACCCCAAGAUCAGGGAGGCCGUCCCAGAUGAUCUGGAGCCUUUGCCAGCUGAGAGACAUCCGUCCCAGCAGAAGGACGCAGAGCAGCGCCUGAGGGAGCCGGGAGCCAACGACAGCGGCAGCACGGCGCCGCGCAGCACCGAGGGCUCCUUUUCCGAGGACGUCUUCACCGAGACGGAGCUGUCCCCCAUCCGGGAGGAGGAGCAGGCGUCCAGCGAGGACCUGCGCCUGGACAAGUCCUUGGGGGCGUCCACGGAGUCCGUGCAGACCGUAACCCAGGUGGAGGCCGCAGCCGCCGCCGCCGCCGCCGACUCCCAGACUACGAGCGGUGCCCAAAGCUCGGCCGGCCAGCCGGAGGAGCCCGCCGCAGCUAAAGUAGAGGACAAUCCGCCAGACACUGCCACAGAAAAUGAAAGCCAGUCCCCCAUGGGAUCCAAGCAGCACAGUGUAGAGAAGCCACCAAGCACACCCACCACCACCACCACCACCACCACCACCACCCCCACCAGCAGUAGCACUAGCCAGGCGCCGGCCCCCAGCAGCACGUCUCGCCCCGCGUCCCAAAGCUCAGCCACCACUGGUGCCACAGACGCCGUCCCAGCCAGUCCACAGGGUGAUGCCAACCAGGAGACGGAGGUCUCCCAAACGGACACUAUGCAACAAGGCAAGGAGGACAAAGAGGAGACGGAGGGCACGGAAAAGGACGAGACGCAGAACUCCGCAGAAGGUACGGGGUCUGCCGAGAGGCGGAAGCACCGCUCUCACAAGUUCCUGUGUCUGCGAGUGGGGAAGCCCAUGAAGAAGACGUUUGUAUCCAAUGCCAGCGCCUCCAUGCAGCAGUACGCUCAGCAGGGCAAGAAGCACGAGUACUGGUUCGCCGUGCCGCAGGAGAGAUCGGACCAUCUCUACGUCUUCUUCAUGCAGUGGAGCCCUGACAUGUACGGUGAGGGGGUCAGGGGAAUGGGACAGGAGCCUGGAUUUAUGGUCGUCAAGAAGAACGAGUCGACAGAAUCGACUGAAGACGAACCCAUCACUGACCUCAAUGUGAAGGAAUGGGAGGUAGUGUCUCUGACGGAGUACCACCGUCGGAUUGAUGCACUUAACAGCGAAGAUCUGCGUUCACUCUGCAAACGACUCCAGAUCACCACCAAGGAAGAGGUGAACUCUAAGCAUGGCACGUCCAUCAAAGCCGAGCUGGAGCCGGAAACAUUCAAACCCAACCUCAGAGAACCCAGCGAUCUCCUGGAGGCUGACCAGAUAGAGAAGCUUGCCAGGAAUCUCCCUCCGCGGACCAUUGGGUACCCAUGGACACUGGCCUUUGGCACAUCAAAGCAUGGCAUGAGCAUUAAGACGCUGUACAGAGCCAUGCAGGGCCAGGACACUCCGGUGCUCAUGGUGAUUAAGGACAGCGACGGCCAGGUGUUCGGUGCGUUGGCGUCUGAGCCGUUCAAGGUCAGCGACGGCUUCUACGGGACGGGAGAGACCUUCCUCUUCACCUUCAACCCUGAGUUUCAGGUGUACAAGUGGACCGGUGACAACAUGUUCUUCAUCAAAGGGGACAUGGACUCCUUAGCGUUUGGUGGAGGAAGUGGCGAGUUCGGCCUGUGGCUGGACGGAGACCUCUACCACGGCAGGAGUCACUCCUGUAAAACAUUCGGGAACCCCAUGCUCUCCAAGAAGGAGGAUUUCUAUGUGCAGGACAUAGAGAUCUGGGCUUUUGAAUAACCAAACUGUGCACCACAGGGAAAAACAACAACAACCACAACAAAAAAACAGGUCCUGCGAAGGGCAGAGCGAGGAUUGCUCCUCCAUUAAGAACAAUGGCAACGUCCCAAACCUAACUGCACAUCACCGGGGCCCCCCAGGCCGGACGCCAGCUAUCGGAUGCUUGUUGUGCGUUACUACUGCAGUUAUUACGGAGCUUUUUUUUUUUUUUUUUUUCCUUAUUCUUUUUUUUCUUUGUGAAAAUAUACCUUUGUGUGUAUCUUGUUGCGGCCCCGUGCGGCGUCUUUGCAGAGUAGAAGUGGGGCGGGGCUCGGGGGAGGGGGGGCCAGAUUUCUUAGUGCGGUUGUCUCGAGAGGGAGGCGAGCGGCGGCGCUCACAGCUCCUCUCCGCCACAGACGCAGGGACCAUGAUGGCGGCUGAGGUUUGGGAACGACGGACCCCGGCCCCCCUCCCCCGCCUGGUCCGGGACGCCGGAGGAGCGGCCCCCACCCAGCCACCCACCCACCCCGAUGUUACUCACUGUGCUGUCAGCCCUGACGGAGAGGCCCGGUUAGAGCGGGAGGCAGAAGCUGAACACAUUCCAUUACUCUGUGAUGGCGGCGGAGCGUCUGAAGAAAAGCGGUGAUUUGCAGUAAAGAAAAAAAAAAAACACCCACUUAUUAAAACGCAUCAGCAACCGGAUACACUUAACUCAGAGACGAGAGAAUACAUGCGAAUGCGUGCGAGAUGGCGUGAGUGUGUGUGUGUGAGUGUGAGUACUUGAAGGGAGGGGGGGUCAGUCUUUCUACAGCACCGUAUGGGGUCGCGUCCUCUGAGGCUGAACUUAUAGCGUAUCGUGUAUCGUCGUCCUCCUGUCGUUCACUGUCAUAGCACACCAUCCGAAAGCACAUAGCUAUUAACCCCACCGCCCAUCGUCGUAACGUUCUGUUCAGUGGGUGUACGUGUGAGUCCAGCUAACACCGGCUCCUCCCGCUGGGAGCGCCGGCUGUACUGUUCGUAGACAGUAACGUGUUGCAAUAGAUUUGUGGAAUAUGCAAAUAACUGUCCUGUGACCUCAAAUAACCCCCGGGAGGCUGGCGGCGCGUCCGGCCGCCGUCUGCCGCUCUUUCGAGAGAGGAGACUUGUAAAGCUUUUACGUCUUGAUACACAGCCGCUUUUCUGGGUAUCAUUUGAAAAGCCUGAGACGUGGUUAACUGUUUUACAUGCAUAUAUGACAAUUAUAUAUUGGUAUAUAUGAUUAUAUAGGGGUUUAUAUAAUCAUAUAUAUUUUGCUGUUGAGUGUGACAGUGAUAUAUUUGUGCUGAUAUUUCAGCUGUUACUAUAUAAUGUAUAUUACCCUGUAAAUUAAUGUUAAAAUAGUAGAUUUGUUCUGAUAUAUAUAUAUAUAUAUAAUAUAAAAUACAUAAUUAUAUAAUUAUAUAUAUAUAUGAAAUAAAGUGUGGAUUGGUGGGUUGCUUCUAGCACUUUAAUCCGGUGUAAAAGCGUCAAGGCCAGGUUCUUAGAUUCUUAGCAGUAGCUGUACAGUAAUUUUUUUUUCUCUAUUUUUUUUUUCUCUAUUUUUUUUUAAGACCAUUAAGAUGUUAAUUGUUAGUAGAAAGCUUGCUGCUACCAAUAUCAACAGGGUGACGGCCCUCAUGCUCUGUGUCUAAACAAAAAUGAAAAAAUAAGAGGACUACUCGGAGGAAGGAAGGGGGGGUUGAAGGCGGCCGCCAGGUGAGUGUGAGCAGGCGCAGGUAGGUAUGUGGGCGGGCUGAAGGGACGCGUGUACAGUGCGUGGCUGUGGCCCCUCCCCCUCCCCGUGGAGCUUUCCUCCCCCCUUUUCUGGUCUUCCACACCAGUAUUUGUGUCCUUGUGGAACGUCACAAACAGUAAUAUGGAUAACUCUUCCAAUUAUUUCACCAGAAUACAAUGUAUCAGUGAUGUAUAAAUAACAAUAAAGCUGAAUUAAUUGUUGUAACCUGGGAUAUA